GCUUGAAUGUAUUGUCGCUGUCUUCAUUUGUAUUCAAUGAUCGUUGUCAGUAGCCUAAUUAUAAACUGUUGCCUUGUAUGCCUGCGUCCUCUGGUGGAUUAAAACAGUAGCGUUUGGCGAAGGAAGUGCCACCGUGUCCAAAGGUCAUUAUAUGAAACCUCCAAUCUGGAUCGAGGCGGUAACAACAGGAAGAAGAAGAUAGAGGAAUUCUCUAGGUCUUCUCGGGAGAAACUAGUCCAGUCGAAGAACAAAAUGUUCUCCAAAUUUACGUCAAUUCUUCAGCACGCUGUGGAAGCGCUUGCCCCAUCGUUGCCCUUGCAGGAGGACUUUGUCUAUCACUGGAAGGCCAUUACACAUUAUUACAUUGAGACUUCUGAUGACAAAGCUCCAGUCACAGACACCAACAUCCCAUCCCACCUGGAACAGAUGCUGGACAUCCUGACCCAGGAGGAAGGGGAAAGGGAGUCUGGAGAGACAGGACCCUGCAUGGAGUAUCUCCUACAUCAUAAGAUCCUGGAGACUCUCUACACCUUGGGCAAGGCAGAUUGUCCUCCAGGGAUGAAGCAGCAGGUGCUUACCUUCUACACAAAGCUGCUAGCACACAUUCGUCAACCUCUCCUGCCACACAUCAAUGUCCACAGACCUGUACAGAAACUGAUCCGUCUGUGUGGGGAGGUGCUGGCUGCUCCCACAGAAAAUGAAGAGAUUCAGUUCCUUUGUAUAGUCUGUUCCAAACUGAAGCAGGACCCAUACCUUGUCGACUUCUUCCUUGAGAACAAGUCAAAGAGACCUGAUACAAAGACUCCUGGAGGGACGGAGGUGGUGAAGGAGAAUGUGUUGGCUCCAGACACUGGUCAGUCUCGGGCAGAGGAACAGGCCGAGCGCCCAGAGGAGCCUCAGGCUGCAGCUGCUGCCUCUACCUCUAGUCCAAGCAGUAACCAUAAUAACGGCAACAAUUACAAUCUUGUCACCUCGCUGCUCAACCUCACAAAGAGCCCUGAUGGCAGGAUAGUGGUGAAGGCAUGUGAGGGCCUGAUGCUGCUGGUCAGUUUACCAGAGCCUGCAGCUGCCAAGUGUUUAACUGAAAACACUGAGCUCUGUGAGCUCCUGACUGACAGGUUGGUCUCCUUCUAUAAAGCCCUGCCACAGUCCAUGGACCCCUUGGACAUUGAGACAGUGGAGUCGGUCAACUGGGGUCUGGACGUGUAUAACCUGAAGGAGGAUGCUGCCGUCUUCACAGGGAAGAGGGCUCUCAUCUCCUUCCUGUCCUGGCUAGAUUACUGUGAUCAACUCAUCAAGGAGGCUCAGAAGUCAGCAGCUGCAGUGAUGGCAAAAGCUGUGAGAGAAAAAUUCUUUGUGUCUGUUAUGGAACCACAGCUAAUGCAGACGUCCGAGGUGGGCAUCCUGACCUCCACUGCCCUGCUGAACAGGAUCAUCAGGCAGGUGACGUCGGACGCGUUACUGCAGGAGAUGAUUUACUUCUUGCUGGGAGAGGAGAGGGAGCCAGAGACUCAAGCUACUAUGGCUCAGAAUCCACUCAGACACAGACUCAUCGAGCACUGCGACCACCUGUCAGAUGAGAUCAGCAUCAUGACGCUGCGGCUGUUUGAGCAUCUGAUCCAGAAGCCCAGCCAGCACAUCCUCCACAGCUUGUUGCUGCGUAGCCUGGAAGAGAGGAACUACCUGGAGAACAAACCACAGGAGGAGCGGGAGCCCCUGGAGAACGGGCAGCCCCAUGAUGCUGUAGACCUUGAGGAGGAUCCACUGUUUGGUGAUGACCUCUCUCCAGACAGCCGGCUGUCUGGUUCUGAUUGGCUCAGCUCCUCUCCCCCACAGAGUCCUGACCACUCAAAGUGUGACGGGAAGACGGAGGUCCACAAAAUUGUCAACAGUUUCCUGUGUUUGGUGCCGGAUGAGGCGAAGUCAUCUUAUCAUGUUGAAGGCACAGGCUAUGACACCUACCUCAGAGAUGCACACAGACAGUUCAGGGACUAUUGUGGGGUCUGCCAGCGGUGGGACUGGAGGGGAAAUCCAAAGCCGCUGGAGAAGUGUAACUUGGACAGCCCGUUCUUCGAGGGCCACUUCCUCAAGGUCCUCUUCGACAGGAUGGGUCGCAUCCUAGAUCAGCCGUACGAUGUCAACCUGCAGGUGACCGCGGUGCUGUCCAAGCUGUCUAUGUUUCCACACCCCCACUUGCACGAGUACCUGCUGGACCCUUACAUCAACCUGGCCCCUGGCUGCAGGUCUCUGUUCUCUGUCAUCGUCAGGGUGGUGGGAGAUCUCAUGUUGAGGAUUCAGCGCAUCCCAGACUUCACACCCAAACUGCUGCUCGUGAGGAAGAGAUUAUUAGGUCUGGAGCCAGAGGGCAUCAACAUCGACCACAUGACUCUGCUGGAGGGAGUGAUCGUACUGGAGGAGUUCUGCAAAGAGCUGGCAGCCAUCGCCUUCGUCAAAUACCACGCGGCUGCCGCCGCCUCACCGUAAUCGUCCUGCUGUUCAUCCAUCUGCCUCAGCCAGGCAGACCUGUUGGGAUUAAACUGGGCCUUUGGGGUGUGGUGGUACUGGUGUCACAGGAUUGGCAAAACAUUACCACUAACUCAGCUCAUCCCUGCAAGGCAAGACUGUUAAAGCCCGCACGGACGGGUUCAUGGCUCCCCCUCUUCUGGCCUCUCGGGCUCCGCUAUAAAAAAAAAAAAAAAAAAAAAGAGUCUUUGGUCUUGUUUUUAUGAAGGUCGGAGCACCAACACUGCCCAGCCAGCAGAGGAACACGAGGAGGAAGAUCGGGGCGGAGGUGCAGAGAGAUGGUCACUGGACUUUUUGUCAGCCUCUGCAUUUACUCUCACUCCUUCCCCCUUUCUUUCUCACCAGCUGAAAGAUAACCCUGUAAUUAUUCUAUCAAGGAAAAAAGAUGUUUGUGUAUUUAUUUUCUGUCCCAUUAUCACCCAUUUGUAAUGGUCAUUGCCUUAGUGUGAAAAUCGCACCUUUCAGUUACAGAAGAUUGUUUCCUAAUGAAACAUUUUUAUCUUAACUCCUCACAUGUUGUCUGUUUGAAGACAAGAGGCUGUAGAGAGAAAAAGAGAGCCCACUGCCUUCAACCCCUAUAUGUACCUGUAGUUACACACCCAUUCAACUGUAGUAUUUACGAUACUGCACCACAUAUAUUUUAAAGUCCUCUUAUUUAUUUGUUUGCUUUCAGGUGGCCUUUUUAACUAAUGUCAUAUUACGAUCAAAUGAAUCAAAACGGUCAAAGUAGGGACUGACUUAGCAGAUGUUAUUUACUUUAUUUGUUUUCCCCCGUCUUUCCUAAGAUUGUCUUUAAAUGUUUGUGCUCCUCAAAGCUCACCUAACAAUCACCAUCACCCAAAGACGUCACCAUCCACCGCCACCACAUGUUGUCAAUGAAAUGGUGAAUUUUGCAAAUGAUGUGAAUUUGCACACAGACCUCAUUGCAUUGCACUUGUUACAUUAUUCAAGUUUACUUGUGUUUUUUUUUUUUUUUCCUUUGGUUGGCUUUUAGGCAAUGUCAAGUUGGCAUUUGUGGGAAGAGACAUGUUUUUGAUUCCACAUUAGUUUAGACCCAGUGUUGCAUUUCUCACACACACCAGUGUUUAUUUUGUCCAAGGGGAUACCGUGUUGUCGUUUUUUUUUUAUACCAUUUAUAAUUUUCAAUAAUUAGUUUAUUCUAUUGAUGGGAUGCAGAGGAGCAGGCCUCUUGAUUUUAUUGAACAGUGUCUUAAAUGCAUCAUUAACUUAAGACCUACUGUAGCUUACAGCAAUGGUUCCCAGUUUGUAUUAGCUUUUGAUCCCUAAAACAGAGCUACGUCUAAUUGGUAGUGUACAGUAUGUUCAACCAAGCUGUCAUUCGAACUUCUGAGAUUUUAGUUUUUAUUAGAAAUUAUCCAGCAAUUCACAACGAAAGCGAGCAAAGUAAAAAAAGAAAAAAAAACUUUGUGUAGCAAAAAUAUAUCCUCCUCUGAUUUUGUUCAUCAUCUCAUUAAAUUUAUCUCGAGACCCUUUGCAAGAGUCCAGACCUCCAAUUUGGAAAGCUUUGCCUAACAGUAUCCAAAAGUUGUGAGUUCCUCCAUAGCUAUCAUGAUUUUUCAUGAGGUGUUGUGUUGCGUUUACUAACAGUAUGACCUUUUCAUCCUGAUCUUGAAUGGCGAGGUGCCGUGUAUUGUUGGAACGGGUAGUUUGGUUGUAUGUUGCCUGGAUUUCUCGGGAGGGGGUCGGUAACUUGGAAAUCACCUCACGGAACAGUGAUUCAUCACGCAAGACUUUGACUUGGUCGAAAUCCAGAUGCUACUUAAUGUAACUUUGGUUGUUGUUGUGUUUCCAGUGUUCAAUGUUUCUGUGAUAGGCGCGCGUGUUUUACAGUGAGUUGAAGUGAGAGUGUUGUGAUUUGUUAUUGCGGUGGAGAAUGGACCGAGUCAUUCAUUGAAGCCAUGAGUCCCUGGUCUUUCUUUUUAAAUCCCCUCACUCAAGCACCUAAGCUACAUUAUGCAACUGCUUGCAUGGAAUCAGAUUUGCACAUCGUCUUUCCUCAUCCCUGUUCAUAAUGUAAAUACACACAACAAAAAGCUUUUUUUUUUUUUCCAAAUGUUUUCAUAAACCAAAAAAA